GUUUCGCUGUCUGACAUGUUCAUGAGUAUGUGACACCGACAGAAAGAAAGCAUCAAUGCCGAGACGGAGCGAUAUGAUUGUGGCUGUUCUGCUGCUGUACGCCAUGGAGCUGCACUGCUCUGACAGUGUGGCAGCGCAGAAUCAAGCCUGCGUACCCAGUCGUGAGGUGGCAUGUUUUGUGCCAGCUGACUAUCUGAAUGCAUCUGGUCCUGUCAGCAUAGAGGUGUGUAUUGGUAAGAAACUUGUCAUCUCCCUGGUGCACGUCUCUGGUUCUCCCAUCUGCCACUGGAUCAGAGGAGCUGACCCAGUACUGACAGUAAACGCGAGUGACUCGAUGGCCCUACCGCCGCUUUCUGAAACAGAUUCAGGGGAGUACACGCUGAGCUGUGAAAGUAGCAAUGAGACCAGGUCCUCUCUGACUGUAUCUCUUCAUGUAGUAACGAAACGUCCCACAAAACCAAAGCUGAUACUGGACCAUGUAGAUGACCCGAUGCGGUCCCCUCAUUUCACAUGCAUCUCUGAGGGCUGCCCAAAGCCAACAAUUAAAUGGUCUGGAAACAAGGCGGGGAAACACAAUCCUGCAAAUAGUGAAAAGGUGUAUAGCACAAUAUCCAGUACUGAAUAUUCUGCUCACAGAGCGAUGUGCUGUGCUACCAAUACUGAAGGACAAGAAUGCUCCCAACUGUAUGACUACGAACUGCAGAGUGGGAGACACGAUGAGGUUUCUAAUGUGACCGUGAGUCCUGGUCAGUCUUUACUGCUUCGCUGCCGAAUACGACAGCCCUUGCCGGCGUCACUUGUGUGGCAGAAUGACCACAAAAUAUUGAAUGCCAACACCUUAGCAUGUUCUUCUAUAGUCAAGGAGGAGAUCUGCAUUAAAAAUGACUCACAUUAUGACAGUUGGAUGGCCUACCUGCUCAUCAGAUCAGUCAGUGUGGACCACAGUGGCACAUAUACCUGCAGCAGUCCAAAAGGCAAAACUAAGUCUGUCUACGUCCAUGUCCAGGCUGAGGGUUUCCUCUCUGUCCAGUUGGAUAAGAGCAAGAUCAUAGCAGGUCAAAAUGCAUCCAGCUCCUGUUUGCAAGCCAGUGUUUCCUACCACCCUGUGCUCGAGCACUGUUCCUGGGAAGCUCCUGAUAAAACGAUGACUAAAUGCAUCAGGGAGGACUGGGUGACAAAGCACAGGACGGUGAAGCUGUGUCAUCCACUCAAAUCAGGAGAUUAUAAACUACACUUGGAGGGUGGAGGACUAAAAGAAACAAAGACCAUAUCAGUGUGUGUUGUUGACGAACCAACAUUUAAAUUCAGGAUUAACGAAGAUAAUAAUACCUUGACCUUUGAGACUGUGAGCCUUGUGCCAGCAAAUUAUACCUGGAUGUCUUGUUCUUCGUCCAACGACAGCUGUGAAACAGACUCUUCCUGGAAAGAGAUUCCAGGUGCCUCUCAAACCGACUCGGAUGUCUUCUGCAACAAGACAAUCAAGAGCUCUCUGAGGAGAGAGCUGGUGGACGGACACCAUUUAAGGUUUUGUCUGACAAACUCUGUUGACUCCUGGUGCCAAACUAAAUUCUCCAUAUACCCUUCACUUUCACUCCAGGCCUCCAGAGGUGCUCCUGAUAGUGAUAACGGCAGCUCGGUGGUGCUGAAAGUAGGCAGUUUGGUUCUGCUUCUGGCAUUGGCUGUAGUUAGUGUGGUGCUCAUGCACUUUGUCAAAAAGAAGAAGCCCCAGUAUCAGCCCCAGCUCCAGAUGAUCCAGAUGGUUGGACCCAAUGACAAUGAUUACAUCUACAUUAACUUCAAAGACUUUCAGUAUGACCAGAAAUGGGAGUUUCCCAGGGAGAACCUGGAACUGGGUAACGAACUGGGCUCUGGGGCUUUUGGCAUGGUGGUCCAGGCUACAGCUUAUGGCAUCAACAUGCCCGGAGUCUCACAACAGGUGGCUGUCAAGAUGCUCAAAGAGAAACACCAGGCGGUGGAGAAAGAGGCUCUAAUGUCAGAGCUCAAGAUGCUGACUCACAUAGGGAACCACGCCAACAUUGUUAACCUGCUCGGUGCAUGCACAGACUCAGGACCCAUGUAUCUGAUUUUCCAGUACUGUUGUUAUGGAGAUCUACUGAACUACCUAAAGAAAAACAGAGAGCACUACCACAAGUCUGUGACUGAUGCUUUCAACAAGGACCGUUUCAGCAGCCUCUACCACAACCUGCAGCCCAGGAGAAGCUACAGUGAACUCGACAAGGCGGUGGACAAUUACGUGCCGAUGCACCGCUCUACCACCAGAGGGCAGGAGGACAUCGCCCUCCUCACCCUCAACUCUGGUAACAUGAACAGCUUUGAAGAUUCAUCUCCAGAUCCAGAAACCUAUGAAAACCUGGGCUAUCAGACAGAGGACCUGCAAACCCUGACCUUUGACGACCUGCUCAGUUUUGCCUUCCAAGUGGCCAAAGGCAUGGAGUUCCUGUCCUCCAAGAAUUGCAUCCAUCGAGACCUGGCAGCUCGAAACGUGUUAGUGACAAAGGGCAGACUGGUGAAAAUCGGUGACUUUGGACUGGCCCGGGACAUCGACAACGACUCCAACUAUGUCGUGAGAGGAAAUGUGCGCUUGCCGGUGAAGUGGAUGGCACCAGAGAGUACCUUUCAGGGGAUAUACACCAUGAAGAGCGACGUCUGGGCUUAUGGCAUUCUGCUGUGGGAGAUCUUCUCCCUCGGUGUUACUCCGUACCCGGGCAUGAAGGUGGAUCACACUUUCUAUUCAAUGAUUGAGAAAGGAUUUAAGAUGGAGUGUCCGUACUACGCCAACGAUUCUGUGUAUGGGAUUAUGUGUAAGUGUUGGGCCCUGGAUCCCUGCGACCGGCCAUCUUUCUCCAAACUGGUGUCCUUUAUGAGUGAUCAGCUGACAGACAGAGAGGAGGAGCUCUACCAUAACAUGUCCAACCAGACAUCCAGCGACUACCAGAACACACUGGUCACUCUGGACAUUUCCGCCUUGACAAAACAGAGUGAGAGCAAGACGGGGUCGGACAAUGACUACUGUCAAACCCACGCAGCUGAGGAAAGCAAAGAGGAGACAUCCGACUCAGACACUGUGGCAGCUGAGGAAAAGCUUCUGAAGCCAUCUGAUACAGAGUAAUCAGCGACCACCGUGGUGCACGGUGACCAAAUGUUCAAACCAUUUUCUCUAUAUUUUACAACAAGAUAUUUAAAAUGAUUCUCACAAUAAUAUUAAGCUUACAGUUACAGUUACAGAAUACACUGGCUUUAUAUUCUGUAAAAAUAUUGGAAGCAUUUUUAGACUUGCAGGUGAAAUUGAAUAAAACAUAUGUAGCAUAUAUUAUCACAUAUAUUUUCAUAAUCUGAAGAAGUAACAAGACAUGCAAGGUUUUCAUUAUGCAUAUGGAAUUUCAUUUAGAAUUAUGAUGAUAUUGUCUGAAUGUAAAUACAGUAUUUUUGUUUCUAUUGUGCAGCUGAAAAUGAAAAACUGGUUUAAUGACGGGAUCCUAAAUAUUCUCAGUAAUAUAGUACUAUAUUGUAGUAUAUACAGUACUCUCUCUCUCUAUAUAUAUAUAUAUAUAUAUACACACACACACACACACACAAACACACACAUAUAUAGACAUAUACAUAUUCAUUCAUUUAUGUACGCAAGCAGGCCUAUAUAUGUAUACUGUAGCAAAUGAUUAACUUUUGGUUUUAUAUUUUCUGAUUUGCAAUGGAAUGUAACAAUAAUUAUUUCUUGUGGUCUCUUAAAUUAUGGCAGCAGCUCUCAAAUGAGGAAUGAACCCAAUUUUGGAACACGUUCAUAUAUAUAUAUAUAUUAAAAUAUUUUAAUUAAUUUUACAUUGUAUUGUCUGUGUGAGUAUUAUACCUGCAAUAAAAUGUGCUUUACACAUUGGA